AUGGCGGGGCCGGCAGCUGUGCUCGUGCUCCUCUCUUUGCUCGCGCUCUGGAGCUGCGCCGUCGCCGUUGCACCGCUGCCUGGGGCGGUGGUGCCGGCGCCGGUGCGGGUGGGCGUGGUGCUGGACCUGACGAGCGCCGUGGGGAGGGAGAGGCGCGCCUGCAUUUCCAGGGCGUUGGACGACUUCCAUGCCGCUCACGCCGGCUCCGGCUCCGCACGGGUCGAGCUGCGUGUGCGGGGCUCGCGCGGGGAUCUCGCCACGGCCGCACACGCUGCCGAGGACCUGAUCAAGAAUGGGCAAGUGCAGGCCAUCAUAUGGGGCCCUGGGACACUGGGCAAAUCAGAUUACGCCGCACACCUAGGCCGCCGCCGCAACCAUGUUCCGGUUCUCUCCUUCUCUGGUGUUUCUCCAGCAUUGUGUGCCUUCUGGAUAGAAGAUCCUGUAGCAGCCUCAGGAGGCCAUGCCACGUUUGGAUUUACACUUGGAAGUGACACUAUAACCUUUCCUAGUCCGAGAACAGGCAGAAGAAUUAGUAGAAAACUAGGUACAAGGAAAUCAAGGAAGAAAUGCAGAGGUAAGACGGGGCUUAAGAUUGCCGUGCCGCUGAAACUGGGCUUUCAAGUUUUUGUGAACGUUAUUGAUCCUGUUUCCAAGAAACAAAACGUCACUGGCUACAGCAUUGAUAUCUUUGAGGCUGCUAUGAGGAAUUUGCAUCCUCGUCCGUGCUAUAAUUUUUUCGUCUUCCGUGGUACUUAUGAUGAGCUAGUAGGCAAUGUGUCUUUCGGGGUGUAUGACGGUGCAGUAGGCGAUGUGACCAUAACCGCGGAACGAGUCGCUACCACAGACUUUACAAUGCCGUACACCCAGUCAGGUGUGUCUAUGCUUGUGCUCGCCGAGGAUGAACCGGAUACAAUCCGUUGGACAUUUGUAAAGCCACUAAAUGGGAGGCUUUGGUUUGCAACAAUUGUCUUCUUCUUCUAUACUGGCUUUGUUGUGUGGAUGAUUGAACUGCCCAAAAAUCAGGAGUACCAAGGAUCAAGAUCGAGACAAUGUAGCACUGCCCUCUACUUCAUUUUCUCAACUUUGACAUUUUCUCAUGGUCCUAUUAUUAGAAGCCCCUUGUCAAAAAUUGUUGUGGUGGUAUGGUGCUUUGUGGUGCUGAUUCUUGUACAAAGCUACACAGCAAGCCUAUCAUCCAUGCUGACCGCAAAGAGGCUCCGUCCUUUGAUGACAGAUCUAGACCAGCUCAGGAGUAGUGGUGACUUUGUAGGAUACCAAGAUGAUUCAUUUGUGCGGUCCUUCUUGGUCAGUCAUAAUUUCAGUGAAAGCAGGUUAAGGAACUACACAACGAAAGAAGAAUAUGCUGCUGCUUUGAGGAUGGGUUCCAAGAAUGGAGGGGUGUCAGCUAUCAUAGAUGAGAUCCCUUAUUUAACUUCUUUCCUCUCUGACCGUCGGUACGAAAAUGAUUUUAGGAUGCUUGGAUCCAUAUACAGGACUCCUGGAUUUGGCUUUGCAUUCCGUCUAGGUUCUCCGCUAGUGCAUAAUCUUUCGACUGCUAUCCUGCACCUAGCAGGACGGGAUGAGGGCUCACGAAUCGAAAGAAAAUGGUUCGGCUCAGCUUCACCUCCAAUGGGUCCUAGCAUGGUCCCUGACAUGGACUCCACGCCUCUGACUUUCCAAAGCUUCUCCGGUCUCUUUGUCAUCACAGUAUCCAUUUCAACUCUAAUGCUGUUGAUAAGCAUUAUAAGGUCAAUUCAUGCCAAAUGCACUCGGUUGAGAAAGGUCGAAGAUGAGUCUCGUCCGUUGCAGAAUACCAUGGGUGGCGACCCCAGCCCUGUUCCACAACCCUACCCUGAAGCUGGCAGUGAUAAUUUUGGGGCCGUCGAAGGAAGCAGCGAAAAUGUUGGGGGCAUAGAGCCUGACCCGGUGCAGCAGAAUGGCAUCCAGGAUGCAUCUGUGCCUCCAGGACACACUCAGAUUCAGAUUGAGUUGAGCAGUGUCUGA